AACCCACCACGACGACCACUUCCACUGCCAGUACCACUUACAUCGUCUCGAUAAGCCAACAUCUACAACACAUCCACACACAUUCACACGCAACAAUGUCUGCCAACGUCCUCAGCAGCCGCGACGUCAACGCGCAAAUCAAGCCUACAGCACCCUCUGACGCAAAGGAGCCUAAGAGCAUGGAGUACCACCGGCAGGUGCUUGAGUCGCGCAUAAAAGACGAGCAAGCACAGAAGUACGUCUCUCCAUCAGACGAGAUUCAGUCCCCGGCCACACAGAAGCUCAGCAACUUCCGCAACAAGAACAUCAUGAAGAAGUCGAAGCCACAGACUCUCUUCCAGAAGACCAGCACAAAGAGCUUCGAGGCGGCUAAGGGCCAGCCCAUGUUCGCUGAUAUCCCCAAGAAGGACGACUAGACCACUGAGGCAGCAUAUACACAUGCUGCAAGAGCUGUCUUCACACUUGCAACUUCAGUGGAGCACAGUCGGACUUUUGGUUAGGCGCUUUUUCUUUGGAUCUAUACCCCAUGCUACGCAUGCAUGACAGGGUUCGGUUGGGACAUGACAAGGCUCUUUGGCGUUUCGGAUGAAAUUUGAGGUUGGGAUCUGGUACUGGGUUACGACAGACAUGAGCUUGGAAGUGUACGUUACCUUGGGGAACAAGGAGUGGGAUGGUGGGAUGCUCUAUCGAUAAGGAGCAUGCUGAGCCGCGCAGACGCAAUUCAUCUCGUGCUGCAUGCUACUCACUCUCUUCCAUGACUUCUUCACCUCCGAGCCAGCAAUCUCUCCAAGAUAAGAU